AUGAAACCACUAUGGUUCUUACUCUUUAUCCUCUUCCCCAUUCUCGCUACCAACAACAUUCUAGCCACUUCCCAAUCACCUUCAUCACCCCAAACACCGUUAAGAAAGCCUGAUAACGAGACCAUUUACAGGAUCUCUAAGCAACUUUGUUGGGGCUGCAUAGGAGAGUCACUACAAUUCUUGUUUGCACAUAAUUUAGUUAGGGCAGCCAAAUGGGAGCUACCCUUAACAUGGGACUUUCAGCUUGAAAAUUAUGCAAGAUGGUGGGCUGGCAUAAGAAAAGCAGACUGCAAAUUGCAACAUUCGUUUCCCGAAAAUGAUUUCAAGCUAGGAGAGAAUAUAUAUUGGGGGAGUGGCUCAACAUGGACACCCACCGAUGCAGUGAGUGCAUGGGCUGGUGAAGAGAAGUACUAUAAUUAUGCUCAAAACACAUGCCAGGAAAAUCAAAUGUGUGGACACUAUACACAAAUUGUGUGGAAGACAACAAGGAGAAUUGGGUGCGCUCGUGUUGUUUGUGAUGAUGGGGAUGUGUUUAUGACUUGUAAUUAUGAUCCUGUUGGUAAUUAUGUUGGUGAAAGGCCAUAUUAA